CACGCACAGUACUCUCUCCUCUAUACACAGUGCCAGGCUGUGUGCCCCUGUGCUGGUGCCAGGCUGUGGACAUGUAGCAGAGGGGGGGCAGCCAGUCAGUCAGUGUUUGCGCUUUCUGUGCUUUCACAAUGGGGGUUGCCCCCUGCUGGAGGUGGCUACUUGCCCUGGGUCUCAGACUGCUGUUUCUUGUGCCCGCAGGAGUGCCAGUCCGCAGCGGGGAUACUGGAUUUUCCAAAGCCAUGGACAACGUGACGGUGCGGCAAGGAGAGAGCGCCAUUCUCAGGUGCGCUGUGGACAAUCGAGUGACGCGGGUGGCCUGGCUGAACCGCAGCACCAUCUUAUACACCAGCAACGACAAGUGGUCCAUAGACCCCCGUGUGGUUCUCAUAGCCAACACCAAGAGCUCAUACAGCAUUGAAAUCCAGAACGUGGACAUCUAUGAUGAGGGACCAUACACCUGCUCCAUCCAAACAGACAAUCACCCCAAAACCUCCCGUGUACACCUCAUCGUACAAGUUCCCCCUCGGAUAGUGGAAAUCUCUUCCAACAUAGCCGUCAAUGAGGGAAAUAAUGUCAGUCUGAGUUGUAUUGCCACCGGAAGGCCGGAGCCAGUAGUGACCUGGAGAUAUCUGUCUCCUAAAGCACAUGGCUUCAUGAGUGAAGAUGAGUACCUGGAAAUAACAGGAAUCACACGGGAACAGUCUGGGCUAUAUGAGUGCAGCGCGGCCAAUGAUGUCUCUUCUCCGGAUGUCCGAAGGGUUAAAGUCACAGUGAACUACCCCCCAUACAUUCUGGAUGCUCGGAAUAUCGGGGUUCCCUUGGGCCAUCAAGGUAUCUUGCAAUGUGAUGCAUUGGCUGUUCCAGCAGCAGACUUCUCCUGGUACAAGGAAGAGAAAAGGUUGAGUGAGUCACGGAAAGGCAUGAAGGUGGAGAAUCGGGAAACCUAUUCACGUGUCACUUUCUUUAAUGUAUCUGAGCAAGACUACGGCAACUAUACAUGUGUAGCCAUGAACCGAUUGGGUCACAGCAAUGCCAGCGUCAUCUUGUUCGAGAUAUUACAGCCUACCAGCUCACCCUUACUGCAAGAAGAGACCACAGCUGCCUUGACCCCCUUUAAAGGCCCAGGAGCCGUCCACGAUGGAAACAGCGGCUCACCUCCGUGUCUUCUCUGCGCACCUCUCCUACUUCUCCUCUUCUUGCUUCCUCUGUCUCUGCUCCUUUCAUCUGCUCAGUUCUGACACAUGCAAGCAUCAGCGCCCAGCCUCUUAAGAGGGAAACAACAAUCUUAAAAGUAAAACAAAUGUAAUUAAAAGAAUUUACAAAAUCUGAUGUCGAAAAAUUUAUGGAGUAUUAAAAAUAAGCAAAAAAACUCAACAAAAAAAAAAAAAACACAACUGCAACAGAUUGUUAAAAAAAAGGAUCAUGAAAAGGGAAAACACCACAUGCUGCACCUUCUGUGUGAAGGGACUCUUGCAGAAAAUGGCCAGGUUGAACGGAGGGCGGAGCCAAGGACUGAGCUGCGCCGGUUGACUUGCCAAAAGCCGACGCUCAUAAAACAAAAACAUGUGACUUUGUUCUGUUCAUCGCAAAUUCUCACAAGGAAAUCGCACAAUCUGAUAGAGACAUGGACAGUGUCAAUCCAUCUCAUCAAAUCCGCUUUAUUACCCUUGGACUGCUGGGUGACCCUCAUUGUCAACACCCUUACUGCAACCACGACACCUGCAGACAAUAGCUCAAGUCAAAUUAUUUGCUGGGAAUCCAGCAGAGCAAUACUUACCCUUUGCAGUGCUGGGGGGAGACAUAGCAACAAGAUAUAUUUCUCUCUGGUGUGACUGCGACUUUCUGAGCUGUCACCUGCAGGUCUUUUUUUGGGGCUGAGGGGGUUCCAUUUCCUUUGCUGGACUGUGUUGAUUAUUAGCGUGGAAUGUGUGCCGUCAUGUGCUAGGAUGCUGCUUAGGAAAUUUGGUAUCUGAUGGGGGUUUCCUUCAUGUGCUGGAAGAGGUGGAAAAUGGGAGAUUUGUAUAUUGUUGGGGCUUCUCAGUUACUCCAAGAACAUCUCUUGUAAAGAACAGAGCACCUGUAAUUGUUGGGUGAGCCCCGAUUCUCUCGCUCUUCAGACAGAUUAGAAUCUAUUGAUUAUGUUGACAAUGCUUGUAAGAUUGUAAUGGGAUGGAUAGACUACUGUCUGAAAAAACGGAAGCAAUGGGCUGACUGCAUGAUGUCCACAACUGAAUGUAAAUUAAGAUUCCCUCUUUGAAAAAAAAAAUGGAAACAGCUAGAAAAUAUAUGCAUGAACCCAGACCCACAGUGACAAUGUGCAGGGUGAAAAGCAGCAUCCAGUGUGAUGACAUCAGUUAUAUUAAAUGUUUCACGAUGCUUGGGAUCAGUGUUUGACACUAGUGUGACUUUGCAGUGACUGCCAUCUACAGAAAUAAGCACAUGAAGUCAGUUGUUUACACCAGCACAAGUUUACCCAUGUAUGACAUUUGACGUAGCGAGCAGAAAAGUAAGCUUGGCUGUUAAGGAGACGUUUCUGUGUAUUUGGGUCUACUUACCCACAGAUAAAGAUACUCCCUAGGAUGAAGAUCUGGUGUAAACAGUCUGGCAUGUUAAACAUAGGUGUUCAUACAUCGGGUAUAUGUAUCAGUGCUGUACAAAUAUUCUGCACACAAUAUCAUUUAUGUCUGAGUGUUUUAAAAUGAAUGUCAUGUGCAAAGCUCCACGUGUAUGUUUAAUUUCAAAACCACAAUGCUGUGUAAAGUUGCCCUGUCUUAAUGUUCUCUCCUGAGUAGAGUCAUAUUGGCAUGAUUAAACGGUUUGUUGUGUUUUUAAUGGAGGCGUCCCUGAAGAUAUGACCACAGUGCAGAUAUUCUGUUCCCGACAAUCAGUCUAAAUGUCCACACUUUGUAUUUCAGCAACAAGACUUUUGAAUUGUUUAAAUGCACACUGAGAACAAAGGAACAAAAUGUUUCAGCCUCAUGUAUUUAGUAAUCUGAUAAUUCGCUGGUGCUGUACGGUCAUUGAUACAUAUACCAACAUACGUGGAAAGACACCAUUUUAGAAGGUUCUUUGCAUUUUUUUUUUUCUUGAGGCAUUGAGCAUCUCCUUACCUUGAGGUUCGCACAAGUGUCUGACGACAGAACAAUUCUUGCUGCCCAUAACAAAAAAAAAAUCUGAUUUCUCUUUUACUGUUUCUGCUGCAGUACAGGAGGUUGGCUGCCCUCCACAGUAAGAACUCUUCUGUCUUCUGACAUUUACAAUGUGACUUGGAGUGAUAGCAUUACCCAAAUGCCCCUUUUCUUGGCGGUCUAUGGAUAAAUGCCAGGAUGUGCCACUAGUCACAAGUACAGCAUGGUGUCAUCUUUUUUUUUUUUGUUAGGGGGAGGGAGGGGGGUGUCAUCUGCUGUGUACUUGGUGUAUGAAGAAUUUCCUGAUUGUGGAGCACUUGAGUAGGAAUGAGUAUGAUGUGUAAGUAAUAUGCACAGAGUAAUUAUGAAUUACUUAUAACCCUUAAGCAUUAGGACGUAGCUGUACUUUCUUACUGAAAUCAAGACCAAUAGGCCAUUUCCACCUGUAAUCUUCAAGAACCCUGCCAGCGCUCAUAUGGGUCACAGUGCCUGCUGUAGAAUUUAUUGUACAUGUGUGUAAAUUAUAUGUUGAUUAAAUAUUUUGUUUAACCCCCUGAGAGUACUGUAAGGAGCAGCAGGUGGACUAAAUUGUUAACAGUUGCCUCCAGCCUUGCCGGGAAUGUUUUGGUCAGGAUACAGUGAGAGUUGGGUGUGGUGGGCUGGCACAGGUAGAUAUCAUUAUCCAACAAGUAUUAGAAGCUUCUGUCACCAAGAAGGGUGAGUAACGGCUAUGGUGGACCACCAGGUCCCUUCCCCCAUCCAACACUUAAUCUAUGAAUGAAUUUUGUAUCUGUAUUAAUAAAUCUGGAGUGGAAGAA